AUGGCUUACAGCGUUUUGGAAAAUCUCCUCGCUCAGGUGAAUCGACACGCAACAAUUCUCGGAAAAUACUGGUUCGUUGCUCUGUAUACUUGUAGAAUUGUAAUUGUCUGCAGCAUUGCUUCGGCAAUUUAUUCUGACGAACAGUCAAGUUUUAAAUGCAACACACUUCAAGUGGGUUGUGAAAAUGUCUGUUUCAAUCAAAUUUCGCCCAUUUCUCAGAUUCGAUUUUGGGCGGUCCAGAUUAUUUUCACAUGUGCGCCUACAGUUAUAUUUGUUCUGUGGGCGGUCAACGCUGUUCAUUGCAUGAUGAACCUCGUCCGGGAGAUAAUCCAGGAUAGAGCCGUACAAAAUGCUCUUGAUUCACGAUCUGCGGAUGGAUCAGCCUCGGAGUUGUCGCUCAAACUUGUGGAUUACCAAAAUUAUACUCUGAAGACGAAAAUGAUCAGACAAGAAGUUCAGAAUAUUUCAGCAGAGCUUCCCUCGAUUCUUCUUAUGUACAUACUACAGCUGCUGCUGAGGAUAGCCAUGGAAUGUUUCUUUGCCUUCGUUCAAUUCAAAAUUUACGGCACCCAAAUCAAGAAUUCAUAUCUUUGCAAUCGCUCCCCAUGUCGCGUUGUAACUCAGUGUUUCAUGAGCAGACCUAAGGAGAAGACAAUUAUCAGCUGGAUUAUGUUUGGUUUGACAGUUUGGUCAAGAGUAGUUAAUUAUCACCUGUUUAUUGUCAUGGUUCUUAUGGUCACUUAA